AUGAGCAAUAGGGUAGUUAGACCGGAUUUAGUUGAUAAUCUUAAGCAAAUAGUGACUGAGAUAGUAAAGGAAAGAAACAUAGACAAAGUUAAAGAUAUGGGUGGAGUUUUAAAGAUUGAGGAGAUGCUUUUAAGUAUGAGUGAUAGAGAUAUAAUCUUUGGUAUUAAUGACGUCAGCAGCGAUGAAGAUAAAACAAGUUGGUGGGUGAUUUUAAAAGAACAAAGUCAAGAUAAGACUUUGAUUUAUUUGAGUGUAUUGGCUUUGUUAAGUAUUGUUGGGGGUAUAUAUGAGUAUCUGACUCAGGGGAAGCAUGGGUACAUAGAUGGGAUAAGUAUUUUGGUGGCGGUCGUGGCUAUGAUUGGUUUGGGGACGGUUAAUGAAGUGCGGAAGCAAAGAUCGGUGGCUGGUUUGGAGAGGAGUGUGGCGGAGAUAAGUAGUAAACGAGUGCGUGAUGGGAAGAGAGAGAUGGUUGGGAGUCGGAGUUUAGUGGUUGGUGAUCGAGUUUGGGUGGAAGUAGGUGAUAUUGUACCGGCUGAUUUAAUGCUGGUUUCAGGACAGGACUUAUGGUGUGAUGAAUCGGUUUUAACCGGGGAGAGUGAAAGAGUGGCUAAACGGGCGGAAGAUGGUGAUUUAUUCUUAGUAUCUGGAAGUGCUGUAGUGGCUGGAAGUGGAGUGGGUUUGGUAGUGGGAGUAGGGAAGGAGUCAUUUCGAGGUAGACUGGCUAGUAUGUUACAGGAAAAGGACAGUAAGAGUAGAACGCCAUUACAGGUAAAACUGGACCGGCUAGUGAGUAUUCUGGCUUUAAUUGGGACGGGAGUGGCAGUACUGGUCUUUUUAGGACAUUUAGGCCGGUGGUAUCUUUAUGGGAGUGAAAAAGGUGUACUAGGCUGUUUAUUUGAAGCGGUAUCUUUGGCAGCAGUAGCUAUUCCGGAAGGAUUGCCUAUUGCUGUUAGUUUAUCUUUGGUAGUUGCUUCUGUGCAUAUGUACCAGAAUAAGGCCUUAGUCAGAAGUAUGGCUAAGUGUGAGAUUAUGAACAGUACAAGUGUAAUAUGUAUGGAUAAGACGGGAACAUUGACCAAAGGUAUAAUGGAAGUAAGAGAGGUUUAUUGCCACGGAGUAGUCUAUCCUAAGAUGAAGGAAGUUCCUGGAGUAGUUUUAGAAGAGAUAUUCUUAGGUGUAUUGUUUAACAGUCGGGCUUUUAUUAGUGCGACGGGUAUAAAUGGAUCAACUACGGAAGUAGCUCUCUUGAAAGCUCUGCAGGAAGUUAAGCCAUUACUGGAUGUACAUACUCAGGAACGAGAAGGGCGACCUUUUUGUUCGACGCGUAAGUACAUGAGUACGUAUGUGGCUGGGAGUGAAGUCAAAGAAGUGCGGAAACAAUUAGGAUUAAGUACUACUACUCCAGAUGAAGAUACCAUUCAGAGUGAAGAUACUACUCAGAAUGAAAAUAGUGGUAAAAGCAGUGGGAGUGAUAGAGUCUUCUUUAAAGGUGCACCGGAAAUAGUUCUGGCUAGAUGCUCGGCUCAAUUGAAUGGACAGGGAAAGGUAGUGCCUUUAUUGGCGGAGGAAAUGGAAUGGAUUAAGGACCAAGUUAAGGGUGAGUGUCGGUUUAUUGCUUUGGCUUAUAGUGAGAGUUCUGAUCCGGAGUUAGAUAAUCAGGACAAUCUUAUCUUUGUUGCUCUUUUUGCUAUUGUGGACGAAUUACGACCUAAUAUCAAGUCGUGUAUUGAGGCGUGCCAGACGGCCGGGAUUCAAUUGAAGAUGGUAACUGGGGAUGGACUGGUUACGGCUAAGGCAAUUGGAGAGAAGGCGGGGAUGGUAGAGCCGGAUGAUGUUUUUAUGGCGGGUGAAUCUUUCCGGGGAUUAGAAGAGGAAGAGAUUGCUCGAGUUAUUGCACGGGUGAAGAUUCUUUAUCGGUUUACACCGGAAGAUAAGUUGCGCUUAAUUCGGAUUCUGCAAAGUAAAGGUGAAGUAGUGGCCGUUACUGGUGAUGGUUCUAAUGACGCGCCAGCAUUAAAACGAGCGGAUAUUGGUUUUGCUAUGGGGAAUGGGACUGGGAUUGCUAAGCGGGCUUCUGAUGUUAUUCUUUUAGAUGGUAACUUUGCUUCCUUAGUGAAUGGAAUUGCUUGGGGGCGUUGUGUUAAUGAUAACGUCCGGAAGUUUUGUCAGUUUCAGUUGGCCUUGACUUUAGUAGUAGUUGUUUUUUCUGUUGUAGAGAUAGCUAGUGGUACUGAUUUCUUAGGACUUAGUACUGGGCGGCUGCUUUGGCUGAAUGUUAUUGGUGAUAGUAUUGCGGCGGUUGUUUUAUCGCUUAAUAAGCCAACUAGGGAUUGUUUGCAACGACCGCCUGAGUCAUUGGAGCAGCGGCUGAUUACUAAGAACAUGCUGAUUUAUAUUGGAGCUUGGUUUAGUCUACAAGCGGUUUUGGUCUUGAUUCUUUACUUCUUAACGGGUAAGAGUACGUUUUGCUUCAAUACUUUUGGUUUUGUGCAGAUCUUUGGACUGAUAUCCACUAAUUCACUGAAGUUUUCAGUAGCUGAGAUUAGACGGUGCUGUUUAGCCAACAAGUAUACUUGGAUAGCAAUUGCUAUUGCUGGACUAAUUCAAACAGUUCUAGUUGGCGAGUUCAAUACUUACUUGUCUCCAACAUUCCGGCUUUCUUUAGUGGAAUGGAUAUCAUCAGUACUAGUUGCCCUAGGCCUGCACAUUCUCUACUUGACCUUAGCUAACGCCUACUCACGUCUAGGCCGUACUGCUACUCCUAAAUCCACUUCACCUACUAGUUAG